GCAGUUGAAACAAAUGCCAUGAAUUUACAACAUCGAUGUAUACAUUUUACAAGUAUAAUUUAUUUUGAUAUUUAAUUUCAGUGACUCUUUGUCGACAUAAACACAAUAAAAUUAUCCUACUGUAAUAUAUGAUUGGUUAGGUUGGUAGAAUUGUAUGGAGGCCUUUGUUCGGGUGGUUAUUUGUCGGAUGCCUUUGUUCGGGUGGUUAUUUGUCGGAUGCCCUUCUGUUCUGACUCGUGCUUCGAUUAAUUGUUAUUUCUAUGUCUAACGCUCGUCGGAGCAAUCUUCACAGGCGUCAUCUCAUAUUGUCAUCUGUUUCAGUGAUUGUCUCUUCAUUUAAAAAGUGUUGUUUUUUUCAUUAAAUAGUAUAAUUUGUAUCUGUAUGUGUAACCAAUUUAUACAAAUACAUUAUGAGUUUUCCAGAUAAAGAUUUUAUAAAAGAUUUCAUUAUAAUAUACAAGAGCCAUCCGGCUUUAUGGAACUUCAAAAGCCCAAUAUCCCAAGACAAACAUUUACGCGAAAAAGGCAUAGCAGCUCUAAUUGAAUUCUCAAAAAAAAAACAUACUAGAGUAGAUAAAGCAUUUGUAAAAAAAAAAAUAAAGAAUUUACGAAAUUCUUUUUUAAGAGAGCGGGACAAAGUUCAAAAAUCUAAAUGUAAAAAUUCAUCUACACAAGACUUUUACGUACCACUCCUAUGGUAUUAUGAUUUAAUAUCAUUUAUAGCUGAAGACACAAAUGACGGAGUUAGUUUAUCAAGUACUCAUGAUGACUUGGGAAAUAAUAUGGUAAGCUUUAUUUUUAAAUGUACAUAUAAUAAAUAAUUUACCUUGAUAUUCUAUUUAAUAAUAAUUUAUAAUAAGUAGGUAAGUUUAAUGUAUUUAAUGUUGUAUUUUAUGUUUAACCUAUUUAAUGUAAGGAAUUAUAGUAGGUAUUUAAUAAUUACAAUGCAAAAAUUCACAAAAUAGGUGGUAAGGUAAUUAAAGUAAUUGUAUAUUAUAUAACUUUUUAGAUGUGGGUUUUUGUUUAUUUAAUCAAAAUAUAUGUUUUGGUAAUUUAGUUUUCAGUUUGGUUAGAUGGUUGCAUUAUCACUAAACGUUUUGUUUACUAUACAAUACUUAACUAAUUUUUAACGAGUAAUCGAAGACAGUUAAUAUAGUUUUUAAUUGUUUGUUAUUCUUGUAAUCUGGCUGCUGAACACGUAGUACAUUCAAUUAUUAAAUAUUUGCAGUAAACUUAAUGCUAAAGAAAAUUAUUUGCUAAACUAGUAUGUAGGUUCAUCAAAACUGCAUCGUUAAAACACUCCUAAAGUAAAUACUAUUCUUAUUCUUUUUAAAAAAAAAAAAAUAUUAACUUAAUUUCUAUUGAGUAUUGAUGACUACCACUUGUAUACAAUAACCAUUUACUAUUAAAUAUUACCUGAUUGAGAACAAAUGCAAUUUAGCAUCAUUGCUUGUUUUUAGAGUUAAUUUUUUUUUUUCUCAAAAUGUGUGUUAUCAUGAUUUUAAAUAAUAUAGACUGGCAAGUGGUAACUGAACCAACUCUUUUGAUUGAAUUUUGAAGCUUAGUUUUCACAGAGGGGGAAAUACAGAGAUUUAAUUAAAAAGAGAUAGUUCCUUCUUGCUAGGGAGGAGGGUGUCAUAAAUCAUAGAACAUAUUUAUUAUGUCUUUGAUGUCCAUGAUGUUAUCACUUUUGUUUUAAAGACCAUAGUAUUAUUGAUUUUAUAAUAUACUUUAAGUUCUAAGUUAAAUGAUGAAUAAUCAUUUGUAUGUUUAAUAAGGAUUUGAUUUUUGUCAUUUAAAAUUUUUUCUACAACCAAUUGAUCUUUAAAAUGUUCACAAUUAAAUUUUUAUAUGCAUUUAUAUGCUAGAUAUCUAGCGAAAUAAGUCACAGAACAAUCUUUUAAUGUGACUUAUGUUGUGUAAACUAAUAUAUUUUCUGUUUCCAUACUGUAUCUGGAUUCUGAACUAGUAUCUGAAGUUUCUUUAUCUUCCAUUUUUAAUACCAAAUUACAUGGAAAACUCCAUACGACGUGAACAGGCUUAUGGUGACGCAUAAUUUAUUAUUAAUACUGUGGUCACACUGCUCAGCCGUGGUCGCUAGCCACCUCUUCCACCUUUACCUACCUAUGGUGGGGCUAACAUUCCAGUUGCUAGCGACUACCGCCAGCGCUUCAUAGUGGUGGCUAGCAUUUAUGUGUUACCGGUCUCUUCUCCAGCACGACUUAUUUGUACCUGUGUAUUAUAAAAUCAAUGUUAUUAUCUUAGUAAUUAGUUAGUGGUUUAAAUGCAGUGAAUUUCAUUAAUGCCCUUGAUUGUAGUAUUAAGUUCUUAUGCUUUUAAUAAGUUUUGUUUUUCAUGUUAUUUAAUUAAUGUUUUAUUUUAUGUAAUUAAAAUUAGGUUCAAGAUAAUCAGUCGGGUAAUGAAUCAACAUCUGAUUCUGUCAUGCCAAAUUGUAGUGACCAUAUUUAUUCUAUGUGUGUACAGAAUCAUAAACAUAAACCAAAAGAAAAAAAAUCUGUAUCAAUCAGCUCUGAAUCAGAUGACGUUUGUGUGGAAUCAGGUAAAAUGACACUAGCAAGUGUUAAAACUUUAAUUUUUAAUGUAUUAUUACAAAAUUAAUUAAAAUAUAAAUUUAUGCAGUCGAAUAUACUUUUUAUACCUCGACGGACAUAAUAAAUGAGCAAUCUACUAAGAGCACUAGUGGUAAUGUCCUAAUCAAUUUAAUCUAUAGGUUUAGUUAUCACUUUUUCAUACAAUCUUUAUUCCUGUGGUAAUAGGAAAAAUAUGAAAUUGAUGCCUCACCCUCUAAUGGAGUAAAGAUCAAAUUUUAUCUACUUUGUUUAUACCAAUCAUUGCUCAUUUUAUGCACAUUAAAUGGUUCUUUUCAGUAUUGUAAUUAUGAAAAUUGAAGAAAAGUAGAAGACACUAAACAUUUUUUAUUGGUUGGCAUUUGAUAACAAAUUCUUUUAUUAUUAUUGUUGUUAUACAAGUGAGCAUGCAUAACUAAGAGUAACUAAUUUCAUUAGUUGGCUUCUAUUGUUAGGUACAUAUACAUUUAUCUUGCUUGAAAUAGGGAAAACAGAUAGUUACAGAUAAUGUUGGGAGAAAAAAAUAUAUUAGAGUUCAUAAAAAAAAAUUAAGGAUUUACUGGACAGUGAUUGCUUGAAUGGAAAAGUUAAAACCAAUGAAUCUAGUAGAUUUUCCCUCUCUGAAAAAAAAAGGUAGUAUAUCAUGAUAAUAAUCUUAUUCUUGACAUUCCUGCCCAAUUGGAUGUUGGAAUACAUCGUGACUACAUUUUUAUCUUGGGCUAAUUUGAAUAUUUAUUUGUUGCGAUUUAACCAUUGCUUCAGAUUUUGUAACCAAUUGUUCUAGGCAUCCCUCUGAUUUUUUCACCAUGUAGCUCAAAAUAUCACAACUUUCUUGUUUUGAUUGUUCGUAUUACUUCCUUAUCUUUCUCCAUUCUCCCCAUCGUUUUUAAAUUUGUAAUUCAAUCUACUCUAGAUAUACUCAAGAUUUUUCUAAAGCACCACAUUUCAAAUGUUUCUAUUUCUUUUAUAUUAGCGCUUUUUAAAGUCCAUAAUAAUAAUAGUUUUAAUAAUUUAAUGUUGUAAAAAAAUGUAAUAAUCAAUGCAUUCAUAAUUUUACAAAAUUUAAUUUUAUUAUAUUAAAGUAUGUAUUAUCUAAUACCUAUUAUUUUCCUAGCAUUUUUAAUUUUUCUGUGACGGUCAUUAUCUUUAUUUUAUACUUCAAUAUAAUUUAAUUCAAUUUUGUAAAAAUACUUUUAUUUUUUUAAUGUUUAAAUGUUAUACUUAAUAUGUACAAUAAGAAUAUGUGGUAAGCUAAAACAAAUAUAUUAAACAAUAUUAUCGUAGAAAUUGUCCAGUAUUGACAAUUCCUGUUCAAAGUAUUAUUAUAAUAUGUUUGAAAAAAAAAAAUAUCUGCUAAUAUUGUUAUACAGGGGAAUAUCCAAAUACUAAAACUCACUACUAUAGACUAUUGCGCUAGAAAAGAACCCAAUAGGGAAUAUAACUUGAGGAAAACUGAAUAGGUAUCUAAAAAAAUUUUAAUGUUACAGUUUAAUUUAAUGAGAUUCUUUGGCUUGUUUGCUUGCACUGAAUUUUUUAAAAUCGGGCUCCUAAACUCGGAAAUCUGAACUCACGAAGAGUUUAUUACAAUACUUAAUUUUAAUGUAUGUGUAUGACAAACAAGUCCUAUCUAUCAAUACUGUGUAAAUGAACAGUAGCAGAACUUUAUAUACUUAGAUACUUUAUAUGAAAGCUUAGGAUAUUCUUAUUUUAUGUCAGUCCAAAAGACAUGAUGGAUUUCUUUUCAAAUGCUACCUCAAGUGAAAAAGUUGUUUUCAGUUCUAUCAGUUUUUUUUUUCUCGUACUCUGAAAAAAAAUGCAGAUUCAAAAUAGUUUUCAUUGAAAAGAAUCGCAAUCUAGUGGUCUUUAUUUAAUAAUAUUAAAAGCUACCUUGAAUCCAUUAAAAUGUUGAACAACUUGAUUUUUGAUGUCUUGUGAUAGGUUCAUAUAAUUUUCAGACGGAAAAUCGUGCAAUGUUUCAAAAACUUCUGGUUGAUUAUUCUUAAUACAUGACUUCUAAAACUCUAACUUUUUAAUAAAAAAUUCUAUUUUGUCAAUAAUUUGAAAUAUUUUCACUGCAUUGAUUUGAAGAGCCAAAUUUAAAUCAUUUUAUUUUAAAAAAUAACAUCAGAUAGGUUGACACUUCAUGUCAGUUCAAACAAACGAGUAAGGACUUUGCUUCGUGAUAACUAUUGAACCUUAGCAUUAAAAAUUUUUAAAUUAUUAAAUAUUUCACAAAUAAACCAAUUUCAAAUACACCAAAUUUCAUUUUUUCACAUAGUCCCUGGUAUAUGUACCCCUGGUCGAGAAACGCUGCUUUAGAAGGUGGAUUAAGUUGGAGAAUUUGGCAAUCAUCAAGCUGAAAUAGUUGUGCGCUAGAGUGGCCAUAGAGGCUAAAUAAACUAAAAUAUUAAUUAUAAUGAAUGUUAUAAAUGGUUUACUUUAUGAUCUCAAAUAUCAAAUGAAUGAUGUAAAUAACCUAACCUAAAGAGUAUUCAGAUUAACAAUCUAUAAAAAGAAAUUAUAAUAUUGAUUGUUCACAUAAUUUUUAAUAUAAUUAGGCAAGUACGCAAGUAUUUAUUUAUAUAUGUGCUAUUUUAACCUUUUUUAAAAACAAAAGAAACUUGAAAAUUUACUUAAAUGUUUCAAUAAAGUAAUCAGUUGAAAAAUUUACAUUUUAGAUUCUGAGUGGAGGAAUGUAUUGGUUUUACAAUGAUGUUUAGUCUUUAGAUUCGGAGCAUAGCAAGGGAUCUAUUGGUUUUACUUUUUUUUUCCGAAAACUUUCUCUGAAGUAUAGACUUAUAGCGCGUUUUCUAGAAGGUAAUUUUCUCUGGUUGGUGCAUUGGGAGGUAAUUUUUUGAUUUUCCAAGGAGUUUUUGAAAUAAUUGAGAUAACCCAAAAGAAGAUUAUAAUAUAUAUUUGCGGCAUGCCUUACAGUUUUUUUUUAUUUUCUAUGUGUUAUACUUAAGUUUUCUACCAAAAAUAUUACUUCAAUGAAAAUCGCGACUGACAAAUUUAAGUUAAGGCCCUACUGAAAGCAAUUUUUGAAUGAUAUUUCAGUGAUUCUACACAUGCCAUUUCCAUCAGUAAUUUUGAUGGAGAUACUUGAGCGUUUUUUCAAGUGGAUGAUAUUUUGUUAAUGAUUGAGCCUGAUUAACCAAUAGGUUUAAAAGGAUGCAGCCUAGGGGGCUGUUAAAUGUUACUGGUAGGGCAACAAAACAAUUUUUUUUUUAAAAUUGAUUUUCAUUAAACUUGUGUCUUUAUAUAUCAGUGAUUAUAGGGGUAGCCAGACCUUUUUUGGGGACUGGAGAGGUGUACAUUAAUUUAUAGGGAGAGGGCCAGUAAAAUUUAGCAAUGAGCAAAACAAAUUAAUAAAACAACCAUAAACUACUGGUAGCAAAUCCACUAAUCCGUGUCAACAAUUAAUCUCCGAAUAUUAACCUUUUUUUUGUUUUGUAUAAGUUUUAAAAUCAAAUGUUGAUGAAAAUCAUUUAUAUUACUGCCUUUCAAAACAUGUAUUACCAAAUUUCGCUUUGAAUUGAUUUUUUAUCUUUGGUUUAUUGUUGUUUACAGGUAAAAAUUAAAUAACUUUAUGUAACCUACCUUCCCCACUACCCACCUACAACAGUGACUGUAUUUCUCUCCAGUAACAGGAGUAAAGUUCCUUCUCACCAAACUGGGUCUAAUUCUUUCUUUGUUGUUUCAUUCCACAACACCAAUAGUAGAAAUAAUCCCAUUCACUGUAAAAGAUAUUCAUGGGUAAUGAGCACUUAAGUUUUUCUUAAAUUGUUUUGUUUAGUAUAUAUUUUUUUUUUCCAGUUAUUUAAAUUGAUUCUAUUGUUUAAUUUAAUGUUUAUGCUUUAUUUUUUUAAUUUGUUUAUUACUGAAAUAGUAUUAUUUUAUUGAGCUCUAAGCCCGUUGAUAAAUAAAUAAUACUAUCAGUUUAAAAAACAGAUAAACUUUGUUUAUGCUGGGGAAAGUGACCAUAAGUAGAAUUUAUACAAAUUUUUGAAAAAUAAUACAUUGUAUAGACUGUCUAAUUUGGUUUUAAGUUAGGUUAGAUGAGGCAAUAUUUUUUACAAUGUAUUGGAAAUAAUUAUUUUUUAAAAAAAAAAUUCCUAUUAAUUAAAAAAAUGUGGUUAGUAUUUAGCACGCUUGUGGUAUUUUAAUUUUAAAUACCCCUAUAUUGAAAUUUUUCAAAAAUGGGCAUAAUUGCCUAAAUAAAAUUAUUAUUUAAAAUAAAAAUAACAUAAUAAUUAAAUAUUAGUAAAUGAUUAAUAGUUGUAUUUUUAUGUUUGAUCAAUUUAGAUAUUCAUAACAUUUAUAUAUUAUCAGUAUAUUUAAUACAUUACUUUGUAUAUUACAUAAAUAAUUUAUAAACUAUUGAUCAUUUUUUUAUAGAGAAAAUUCAAGAUUUGAACAUAAAAGUUGACAUUAAAAAGAAAAAUGACAUUACUAAUUCAUUGUAAGUACAAGUAGUUAUAAUAGAUACAAUAGAUAAAUUGUUAUAGUUUUCACAUUUUCACUUAUUUUUACUGUAACAUUUUUCUAUGCUAAGUGAUUAAUAAUUUAUUAUGAAGCUGCAAUUUAGUUUUCUUGUUUUUUUUUUUAUUCUUAUGCUUAAUCAUGUUUCAGGAAAUAUCAUAAGGCGAGUGUGUCAGAUACUGAGGUAAAUAUGUCAAAGAAAACAUGCCAUAAAUGUGAUCUCCAAUUAUUGAAAUCUGAAUAUUCACUGCACAUAGAAAGAAUACACAGCCACAAAUGUAAUUUUUGUGACAAAAUAUUUGUCCGCAUGAAAACCAUGCAGAACCAUAAAGAUAUUAUGCAUAAAAACGAAAUGGAUGUCAAUACUAAUCAAACUACUAAUGUUCUGUCUUUUCAAACAAACCAAUUUCAAAUAGUUAAAAAUAUGUCAAUUCAUAUUAAUGAGUCCCAAACACUCAGUGGCUCUAGAAACUUGGCAGAACACAUUAAUGAUGUUCAUAUCCUUCCAGUAAACAACAUAGGAAUGAAAAACACUGAGGGUGUGAACAAGUCACAAACCCACCUUAAUAACAUUCUCUUUGAUGAAUUAGAUAAAUUUAUUGAAGUGCAUGAACUACCGACGGAUUUGGAAAUGACCAGUAUAGGAAUACAAAAUAUUGGGGUUAGUCAUUUGAAUAAACCUCAAACCAAUAGAAAUAAAAGUCUUGCUGAAAAGUGUAGUCAAUUUUUUAAAGUAAACAAGCCACAGACCAAUAUAGAAAUUAAUAAAGACAUUAUGGGCCAAACGAAAAAUCUCAAGAAUAUUAAAAAGAAUACACAGCUAACACAUACAUUCAUAUGCUUUACAUGUGACCUCCAAUUCAUGUACCAACAUGAAUACAAUAAGCAUAUAGAGAAAAAGCACAACCAUAUAAAUAAUGUACACAAACUAAAAAACAAAAAUAGCAAUACAGAAAUUUCUGUCAAUGAGCCCAAUCAUCAUUUAAAUAAAACAACAAUGCUCAAACCUUACGAAUCACAAAUAAACUGUGAUAAAACUAAUAUAAAUAAAACAACAAGCUUGCAAGUAAAUGCAAAGAACAAUGUAUCUAAUGUCAUUCCUGUUUUUAAACAAACUGGAAUGAAAAUAAAUAGUGUCGGAUCUGUAAAUUGUACUUCAUCAAUGAACAUUAUGUGUGAUGAAUAUACCAAUUUUGCAACCACACUAAACACUAAUAAUCAUUCAAAUUUUAAAUAUUCAUAUACAUGUAAUAUAUGUGCCAAAAGUUUUGUAAAUAGAAGAACCAUGAUAUCACAUAUGCAAGUUUUGCACAAACAAUCUACAAACAUACCCAAGUCAAUUUGCACUAAUACACAGAGUCAUCCAUAUUUCAAACCCAAUGCCCAAAUACAAAGCAAUAUCACUCUGGUCAAUAAAUCUACUACUGUACAGAAAAAAGUUAAUGAACAUGUUAAAUUUGAGGAUAUGCAAGCUGGUAAAGACCAGAUUAACUGCAGUAAAAAUAAAGGUGGUUUACCAAUUGUGCCAAAUGAUAAGCAAACACAUAAAAAUAACAUACAUGAACAUGAUCAACAGAAUGAAAACCUAAAUCUUUUGCAUCACAACAUACAAUCACAAGAUACAGUUGUUUAUCCGUGCGAUGAAAAGAAGCCGGUCAUUAAACAUACAGAACAUGUGUGUGAUUUAUGUGACGGCCAUUUUAGUAGUCAAAGUUCAUUAAAACGACAUUCUUUUCUUAAUCACAAUAUUAACUGUCUUUAUUGCAAAAAAAAAUUUGCUCGUAAUUGUGCCCUGAAGAAACACUGUGAAAGUAUUCAUGCUAAUGAUACCGCAAUUUCCUGCAUUCAAAAAAGGCAUAUUGACACAUCCAGUCAACAGAAUGAAAUGCUACAACUUCAGCCGGGUAAUAUUAAAAAAGAUCAUUUACCUAAUCAAGCAGCAAUAUCUCAGAUUAAUUGCAAUAAAAAUAUAGGCAUUUUGUCAGUUAUCUCAAAUAAUGUUACUUAUCCGUGCGAUGAUAAGAAACCGGUCAUUAGAUAUACAGAACAUGUGUGCGAUUUAUGUGACGGCCGUUUUAGUGGUCAAAGUUCAUUGAAAAGACACUCUCUUCUUAUUCACAAUAUUAAUUGUCGUUAUUGCGAAAAAAAAUUUGCUCGUAAUUGUGCCCUGAAGAAACAUUGUGAAAGUAUUCAUCUUCAUGAUAUCGCAAAUUCCUACAUUCAAAAUGGGCAUAUUAACACAUCCAGUCAACCAGAUGAAAUGCUACAACUUCAGCCGGGUAAUAUUAAAAAUGAUGAUUCAGCUAAUCAAACAGCAGUAUAUCAGAUGAACCGCAGUAAUAAUAGGACAUCACAUCUUGUUUCUAAUAAUAAGCAAAUGCCUAAAAAUGUAACGGCUAAUCCAUAUGAUGAAAAGAAGAUAGUUAUAAAACAGACAGAAUUUGAAUGUCACAUUUGUGGUGGCCAGUUUAGUGGCAAUAAAGUACUCCAAAAUCACUCUGCUACUGUUCACAACCUUAACUGUCCUCACUGUGAAAAAAAAUUUAUUCGUAAAUUAACUUUGAAGAGACAUAUUAGCACUCAUGAUAAUGAUAACCAAAAUUCCUGCAUUCUAAAAGAACAUGUUGGUUUACCAACAAAUCAACUGGAUAAAAUGAUAAAGUUGGAUUGUGAUAAAAUACGCCAGAUUAAUUGUAGUAAUAAUAUAGACAUCUUUUCAAUUGUGCCGAAUGAUGAGCAUACACAUGAAAAUAAUGUACAAGAACAUGAAAAGUCUUACAACAAUCAAUUGCAAGAAACAGUACCUUAUCCAUAUGAUGAAAAGAUGCACGUCAACAAACUUAAAGGGUUUAUGUGUAAUAUUUGUGGAGGGCAGUUUAGAACCAAAAGUGAAUUCAAUAGCCACAAAGGAAAUGACCAUAAGUAUAAAUGUUCAGAAUGUCAAAAAAAAUUUAUUCGUAAUGUCACUUUACAGAAACAUAUACAGGUUAUGCAUAUUCAGCAUAAUGAAAAUGUCUGCGUGAAAAAAACAGGUGCUGUCGCAUUAAGUCAACAAGAUGAAAUGCUAAAGCUUCAGUCGGAUUUUAUUAAAAAAGAUUCACAUGAACACCAAAUUAACUGUAGCAAAGAUAAAAGUGUUUUGCCAAUCGUACAAAAUGAUACAUAUAUCAAUGAUGUGCUGGAAUAUGAUCAACAGAAUCAAACACAAGAUGUUUGGCAGGAAAACAUUGUUUCUGGAGAGACUGUGGUUAAUAUCUCAAAUGAAAUGCAUAUUAAUAAAAUUGAUAAAUUAUCUGAUUUUGAGAAUAUUUUGCCAACCAUAUCCCAGACCAAUUGCAGCGAUAUCAAUAACGUACUAAAACAUAGUCAAUUGAAAGAAGCGAAAAAUCUUAAGUUGCACAAUUAUCAACUGCCAGAGGAAGUUGCUGCUCAAUCCAAUUAUAAUGAACAUAAAAGGUACAUUUGCAGUAUUUGUAAUGGCCAGUAUACAAAUCUAAAUAAAUUCUACCGACAUGUAGAAACUGAGCACAAAAAUAAAUGUUUGUUUUGUAAUAAAAAAUUUAUUCGGAAAAAUACGUUAAAAAAACAUACACAGAGCAUGCAUGGUAACUAUAAAAAAAAUUCCCAUAUUGAAAUGUUAGUUGAUAUUAAUAUGGAAAACUUGCCAGACAGAAAACAAUUUAACUGCAAAGAAACCAAAAGUGUUUUGCCAACUGUGCCGAAUGAUGUAAACAUGUAUAGCAAUAACUUAUCAAAAUUUGUUAAACCAUGUAAAAACCAAAAGCUUCAGCUGUGCCAACAAGAAGUAGAUGAUAAGGAGCAGGUCAGCAAAUAUGCUCAAUACUUUUGCAAUAUUUGUAAUGUAAUAUUAAAAAACAAAACUCAACUCAAACAACACUUAGCAAUAGAUCACAAAUUCAAAUGUCUCCAAUGUGAAAAAAAAUUUGUUCGUAAUAUUGACUUAGAAAAUCAUUUAUGGGCUGAGCACAAACAAAAAAUUAAAAUAUCUCGCACUAAAAUGACUAAUACACACAAUACUAAACAAAGUAAACCAGAGAAACUGUCAACAGAAACUCAAUUAAUAUGUGAUUUUUGUGACAGUCAGUUUAAAAAUAUUUAUGAUCUUGGUUAUCAUUUGUUGAAAGUGCACAAUUAUAAGUGCAGCUUGUGUGAAAAAAAGUUUGUCCGUAUCGGAGACAUUGAAAGACAUAAGAAUGCUGAACACAGACAUUAUUUCGAAAAGCAAAAUCUCAAUAAAAAAUUCUGUUGUAAAGAAUGCAAUUCAUGGUUUAGUACAGAUGAAUCGCUCCAAUCGCACAUCAAAUAUGCACACAUAUUAAUGCCAAAGAGAUUCACUUGUUAUCUGUGUACCAUUACACAUGCCAAUAAUGAUGAAUUUUUUAAACACAUGGAGUUAUACCAUUUAGCACCAAAUAAAUGAAAAACCAUUCACUGAAGCAGUUCAACCAACAGGAGUUACAAUUAUACCAGGUUUUCCUUUUAAGUGAAAAGAUGUAUUCAUUAUGCCAAAAAUAAUUUAAAACGUUGAACUACUAAGAACACUCAAUACAUUUUUCAUAUUCUUUGUGCUCCAAAUAUUCCAUUGAUCGUUUAACCUAUUGUAUGAUCACCAAACAUUACCAACAGGAUCUCACUACAUACCUAUUUAAAUGAUCACCUCCAAUCUAUAAAAUUAUUUUUAAAUAUUUUUUAAAAACAUACACAGCAUCUACUGUUCUAAUUUUACGUUCAUGUAAUAUAGAAAAAUUAUAUUACUUAAAAAUGAAUUGUGUGUUUAAGCACAUAAUAGCAUUUAAUUAUUCUAAUAAAUAUAAUAAUUUAACUAUGACUGUUAAUGUGGGAUGUGGCGCGAUCAUUUUGUUUAAUUAUCGUUUAUUUUUUUUUAAUAACUUGAAAAACUUACAACUAUUGUAAUUUUGUACCAUGUAUUUUGUUGGUUUUUUUUUCUGUAUAAAUAAUGUAUGUAUAUAUUAUAUUAAUUACAUAAAAUGGACUUCUACAAAUUAUUUGUGUUUAAAUUCUUAAAUACAUUUUUACUAAGUAAGUUUGUUAUACUGGAAGUUCCUUUAAUUUAUUUCAUUAUAAUGUUCCUUUUUACUAUUAUUUAUAUGACAUUGAAAAUUUCAAGUGCGAGUGAAGAAUAAAUAAGUGAUAUGUAUCAAAUGCUUUAUAUAAUAUUUUAUAUUUUUAGUUAAAGUACUCCAAUUUUUAAAACAAUAACCCAUGAUUUAUUUAGUGCAAUUGUACACUUUCUAGAAAAAAUUUAAUAUUCUAUACAAUAUAAACAUUCCGUUGACUUAAAAUAUAAUGUCUAAUAACAUUUUGUCACAGUUCCAUCAGAUAAUAUUCUAUGAAAUAAUUUUAAUAAAAAUUGUUGGCCAUUUAAAAUUGUAUAUUACACUUAAAAUAUAAUAGUCUAUAGUAUAUUAAUUUAGUGUGUGUAUAUGUGUUUUAAUAGGGAAAGGUGAAUUCCCCCUUUUCCUGAUAGGCAUAUUUUAAUUAUUUUAUAAUUGUUAAUGUGUAGUAUUUAUAUAUUUUUUUGUUUAAAAACAAACAUUCCUACUGUCUCACAUUUUAUUAUAUUAUCAACAAUAGGUAAUUUUACCAAAUUUAUUGAAACAUACAUAAAUGGCUAAAGAUAUAUUUCCCUUACAGUAUGUGGCUUUUAGCAUCUAAAGUUCUAGACCUGUCUGGGUAUCACUAAUUAAUAAUAACUUAACCUUGGUAGGUUAUAACCUUUUAUCAAUAAUGUAGAAACACAAAACCAAUGAAAUAAAAAUUACAAUU